AAGAAAAAGCACAAGGAGAAAAAAAGGAAAAGGGAAGAGGAUGCAGCAGAGCAACUUGAUAUUGUUGGAAACUGGUGGGCUGUCAGUAAUUUCGGUGAAAUUACAGGAACUAUAGCUAUAGAAAUGGAUAAAGGAGCUUACAUCCAUGCCCUCGACAAUGGCUUGUUUACGCUUGGAGCACCACAUAAAGAUGAUGAAGGCCCUAGUCCUCCUGAACAGUUUACAGCAGUAAAGUUGUCUGAUACGAGGAUUGCUCUGAAGUCUGGUUAUGGCAAAUACCUUGGUAUAAAUUCAGAUGGACUUGUUGUUGGACGUUCAGAUGCGAUAGGAUCAAGAGAGCAAUGGGAACCUGUCUUCCAAGAUAAGAAAAUGGCAUUACUAGCAGCAAACAGCCGUUUUAUUAGAUGUAAUGAAGAGGGAGACAUAGAAGCCAAAAGCAAAACUGCAGGGGAGGAAGAAAUGAUUAAGAUUCGUACUUGUGCUGAAAGAGAAGCUAAGAAGAAAGAUGAUGUUCCACAAGAAGAUAAAGGAAAUGUUAAACAGUGUGAAAUCAAUUACGUAAAGAAAUUCCAAAGUUUUCAAGACAAAAAGCUUAAAAUAAGCAAAGAAGAUACAAAAGCCCUCAGAAAAGCCAGGAAAGAAGGCACUUUUCAUGAAAUGCUGCUUGACAGGAGAGCGAAGGUGAAAGCGGAUAGAUACUGCAAAUGACAACCAGCUGGUCCUUUUUUUGCUGCAUCUUUGGUGAUAGGAUCAAAUUGAAGACAAGAGUAAAAUGUUUUAUAAUUGUUUUUUAUUGAAGGUGUUUUGCUGAUGUUUUUAUUACGUUAUUUUUAAAAGAUCGUCUGAGAGCUAUAAUUAAGCAUCAAACUAACGUCAUCUUUCAGUAACAAAUACUAUUAAGCUUACUCUAAAACUACAUGCUAUUGAAAUAGUGAGAUAGUUACUUAAUGGGAAAGAAACUGACCCACUGUAUCUUCCAAGGUUGAUGAAAAGAACCUGAAUUUAGAGACAGGGCAGAAGACAUAAAGGGCAGAAGAGAACGACAAUGAAGUUCAAAAGUAAAACAUGUUUAACGCAUUGAACCAUUAAGAAAUACUUAACUGUAUUGAACAAGAAGAAAUAAUUGAAAAUGCAUGUCUUGGAACAUGUCGUACCAGAUCCUGAGCAGGACAUCUGUGGAGCCACUCUACACUGCAUCAGGUGAGGACUGGGCCAGAAUAUUCAGGCUUCAUAAAACAAUGUUCAAAACAGACCCACUGUUAGGUCGAUAAAUGGUAUAAUCCAUACACUGGAAAGAGCGUUGACAAGUGCCAAGAACCCUAUUAUGUAUGAAGAUGCAGGUGCUUCAUAAGAAAAGGUGACUCUUUUGUGUUAGCAGGCCGCUUAUUUUACAAGAGGGAAAAACUGAUUUUGCAAACUUACUGGUUUCUUCACAGCGUUGACUUUAAUUUGCUUAAUAAAACAGCAGGGACUUUUCUUAAGGUCAUAGUAUAACACUCAUUCCUAGUAUCUCGUAUAAAAUGUGGUUGCCUGUGUCUGUUCUGAUUACCAAGAAGCUUUUCAGUAACAUCUCCAUAGGAACUACCUCAGUCAGAACAAUUGCUUACUCUCUCCACAGCUUCUGUAAUCUGCGUCAUAAAGCUUACUUGGUAACAAUGUUGAGGAUUUUUAUGGUAAUUAUGUGGAUUGUCUCCAUGGAGCUUCUCCUAGCUGUCAAUUUAAACUGCACACAUAGUACAAAACUGUAAGCUCAUGCAAGAUAAUGAUGUGUCUAAAAAGAGAACAAGAACAGACCAAUAAAGUCUGUCAGUAACAGCAA